CCCCACUCCCGCCCAGGAUAGAGGAGGCCUCUGCUCUCGCGCGCACGUCCAUACUACCUUACGUCUGCUCCUUCCCUCCUACUGCACCUGCACUUGCGCGACCCGAGAGAUGCCUCCAGCGGGUGCUGCACCUGCUUCGUCUUCUUCACCUAGCCGUGGGUCGACGGGCGUGUAGAAUGCCUGUCGGCAAUUCCGGACCACCGCCUACCUCUUGCCUCUUGAGCAUCUCGCCCUACAACAUCCCGAUGCCCAUGCCCCUUCCUAUCCACUUUGGCGCCUUGCUCUCUCACCACGUAACACCUCCCAGAAACAGCUCCUCUCCCGGAUGGAAGACACUACUACGAGUGCGCCGGCGCCGGCUGCGCACACCAAGCAGUAUGUCUUCGUGGACGAAUACAACCGCCACAAGCGACUCAAGGUGAUGCGCGCCUGCGAUGGCUGUCGGAAACGCAAGAUACGCUGCGAUGGAGCCCUCCAGAAUGGACCGUGGCCCUGUGGCGCCUGUGUACGACUCAAAUUGAAGUGUAUACCACCAACACUGGAUCAGGACGAUGACUCUCACCCGCCGAAUGGCACCACCGGCCAGCAGACGUUCCCCUUCCAGAAUACCACCUUCCCCGCUACCAUUCCCGUGGACUCCAAGUCCACUGGCUUACACACGGAGCCACGUAUGGUGCACGACUGGUCCAACAAUGUGCCCCCUGCGACUACCACGGGCGCUCUGACAUCAGCUCCGUCAUAUCAGCUGGACUAUGCUUCCAAUGCAUAUUCGCAUCAGCCCAUAGCCCGACUGACCCAGCCCGGCUACCCGCAGGACAGUUACUAUUCGACCACUUCUCAGUACCAGCAAGGUAGCCAUGAGUCCAGCUUGUCCAGGACCUGCAGAGAGACUCCGGAGAGCUCGAGCGGUGAUGCACAGGAGAUUGAAGCGGGAGUUCGAGAGCUAUCUUCACACAUGGGCGACCUCCAGAUCGACAUUACUUCUGCCGCGCCUUACAUCACCAGGACGCAGAUGGCGCCUGAUGCUCCAGCUCUCGAGGAGGCAGAAGUGGUCUUGCCAGCAUCUAUCAUGGCGGAUGCAUCCAUCAGGAUCCCGCCCGAGAUGAUGCCUUCCGAAGAGCGUGCCACUUACUUUUUCAACUACUACUUCGAUCAUAUUCAUCCCUAUUGUCCAGUCCUGCACCGAGCCACAUUCUUGGAACAGUGGCGGUCCAACCGACACUCCAUGUCGCCCCUUUUAUUGGAGGCGAUCUUCGCAUGCGUUGCACGAUAUCUGGAACAGCCAGUAGAGUCGCGUAAAUGGCUUGCUCUUGCAGCGAGGCAUGAGGAAAGCUUCAAGGAUGUACCACGUUUAGAAACGAUCCAGGCUAUGAUUAUACUGAUGAAAGCUCGCGAAAGCAUUUCGAAACGCGGGUAUUACUAUCGGUCGUGGAUGGCCGUGAAAUACAUGACCACAUGUGGAAUUGACCUCCGACUAGAUGUGCAUCACGAACAACAUCAGACGAUGAACAGAUGCAGCUAUGACAGGAUAGAGUGCAUGCUGCGCACCCGCAUCUGGCAGACAUUAUUCGUUCUCGAGAUCCUCACUGGCGCACCCCUGGGCAGAUCCGACUUCUCUAUUGACAUCGACACUGUGCAGUACACGAUGCCACUUCCUACCAACGACAUCGACGCAUUCGAGCAUCUAUCUUCGCGCAGAUCUACGAUUCUUGCGCAAAAUGUGAGAAACAUCAAGCAGUCAAACAUACUGUGGCAGACGAUGAAACGCUACAAGAAGGACUGGGCUCUGGAUCCAGCCUUUGUUCAGCACAAUGAGGACUUGCCAGUUUGGGCGGAAACGUUACCGAACGACUUUCAGCUUCAAUACGCGGAUGAUGGCAGUCCGCCCUGGCUCGGGGCCGAUCACUUCAAAGCCUAUGUGCAUGUCUACCAUCACCUCACGGUGAUCAUGCAUCAUCGACCGCAGCUACAAGCGCUCUUGGCCAAAGGAGACCCUGGUUGGAAGGCACAACUAGACAUCUGCUUGUCCUCGGCAUCACUCAUGUGCCGCACUCAAGAGGCUCUGUAUCGGGACUUUCAAUUCCACGGUCUCCAAUUCAUGAUUCGCGGUGUCAAUUUCACCAUUUACUGCGUGCUGACGUGCAUGAUGUUGCAUUUGGCUGCAAUCACUUGUCCAGAUCCUGUACUGAACUCGCAAGCACGACUUUACUUCACAAGGCACAUGCGGGUUCUGGAGCACUGCAUCACGUCCGCCAAUGCGGAGAUGCAGGCUCAAAUCAACACUCUUCGCGAAGCGUUCAGUGCCGAUGUUACCCAGCCAUUCGAGCUCAAGCCUACGCUCGGGCUCCGAAGUCCAACUAUGGAGAAUCAGCUCACACCAUCGAGCACCAAAUCCGAUCCUGCGAGCUCACGAGUGCUCACGCAGCCUUCGUGGAGUAUGGCAGAAACGGCAGUCUCGAACCCACUCGCAGUGGGCGCUGGAUAUGCCACAGCCUUUGACACCGCAUCGCCUCAUGGCAUGUCUUCACGCCCGCCGAUGCCUCACCACAACAGCAGUUUCGAUCUCUCGCAACCAUACACACCAUCGAGCAUGCAUCAUGUAUCAACAUCACAGGCGGGCUAUGCACUCGAACCCGUGGUCAGCAACGAACAACAUACACCGGUCUGGGAUCCAUCUGGCAUUUUCAAUCAGUGGAACGCUGCAUUCGGUGGCGGGCCUCCUCCUCAAGCCACGCCCCCCGGUUCCACCAACAUGCAGCACACCUCGGCGCCAAUGAUGGCAAACCAGACUUCGCCAAUCAGCACACAUACCAUCUAUGCUGGGCCGCAGUUGCCUGUCUCGGGAAACCCUACUAUGCCAGAUUCCACUCCUCCAGCAAUGCCCAUGGUCACGCCUGUGAUGUGGCAAGAUGCAUUUACGAGUGCUUAUGUCUCAGGACAUGGACAGAAGCGAUACAGAGAAGCGAGUGUGGACCAUACAGCAUACCACCAAUACCCAGCAACAUCCAAACGCCGGGGCUGAAGGACUGUGCAGACGCGGCUACGGAGCUUGGCACAAGGACAGAAGUGCCGCGGCCGAAGAUAUCACGGUGAUAGGGAAGACUCCCCGCGGCAGUCUCAUCACACCUGAUAAUCCUGAUUGUCCCAUCACAUCUGAUCCGCAAGCAGGCCAGGUGUCUUCGGACAGGCUCCGAAGCUCUUACCUCAGGCAUGGUGUGAUACAGGGAGUUCCCUGAUUGACGGCCUUGGUACAGCGCCUAGGAUGACCGAACGUCGAGAGUUGAUGAAGAGCAACACACGCCCGCCGCCCGGGUCCCCCUCCGCGGGGUCGAAGACAGGGGUGCUGAUGUGGCGGUCGAUCGCAGAUAAUCUCUCGCACGAUACGCGACGAGCUCCUCGUUGACAUGAUGACCCGUCAACAGGAAGCGUUCACUGUCGCUCCCACAUUCUUCAUGCCACUCGCUCGGACGAGGUAAUUUGACGAUAAAACGACGAGUGCAGUGUACUGUUGAUACCAGACAAGUGUACAAAGGACGACAGCAGGCUAAGAAUCUUGGCAUGCAUAUACAGAUACUUUAGUGCAUGUACGAAAGAAAAUCACGAGGGUUGAUGCUUUUUGUAGCACUGGCAUUUUAUUAUAGAACUGGCAGAGUUGCCACCGUGAAAACGACCGAGGCAAAUUGCCGAACGAUUCCAUUAUCGCAAUCAAGGACUAUG